AUGGAGGCCAAGACCAUCAUGAACGGGCACUCAGGCCCCAUCACUUGCCACCAAGACAGUCCAGGGGCAACCGCCUCCCAGGACCUUCCGACUUGCAAGCAGAAACCAGCAGCUGGAAGGGAAGGACCAGGGAUGGGCACUGCCAGCGAGACCCCGACAGAGGCUGGCAGCAUCGCUGGAGCAUAUGUAGAGGCUUCAAAGAAGAUAAUGACCUUCUAUGAGUCCACCAGAGAGCAUCUUCUGGGCCUGGAUCCAGCGCUGCACCUCCUUGAGGCCCAGGCAGCCACCGGCUCCAUCUCUGACCCCAUAAGGAGCAGGCAAGUGUCUGUCGCAGAAGCCGUGCACCUGGGGCUGGUGGGGCUGGAGCUCAAAGAGAGGCUGCUCGCCGCAGAAAAAGCCGCCACCGGCUUUGUGGACCCUUACACAGAAGAGAAGAUCCCCCUGUACCAGGCCAUGCAGAAGGACCUGAUUGGGAGGGAGCAAGGCGCUCGGCUGCUCGAGGCCCAGCUUGCAACUGGAGGCAUCAUUGACCCAGCCACUGGCCAUCGGCUUCCAGCAGAAGUUGCCUGUGAGAGGGGAUAUUUAGAUGAAGAAACGCUGCAGCUCCUCUCCGACCCCAGCAAUGAGGACAGCAAAUGGUUCCUGGACCCCAGCACCAUGGAGAAGGUCACCUACCUGGAGCUUGUGAAGAGGUGUGUUACUGAUCCAGCCUCAGGUUCCCUCCUCUUGCCUCUGAAAAUCACAUUCCCAGCGCUGGGAGGAAGGGUGAGCGGCAGAGAGCUGCUGGACUCCGGCAUCAUCAGCUCCAAGGUGUUCAGAGACCUUGAGGAGGGAAGAGUGUCUGUCCAGGAGGUAGCGGAGGAUGACUCUGUCCAGCGGUUCCUGCAUGGGACGAGGAGCGUGGCUGGUGUCGUUCUGCCCUCUGGUGAGCGCAAGAGCCUCUACCAAGCACUGAGGGAGCAUCUCCUUGUGCCCGGGGCUGCGCUGAUGCUCCUCCAGGUCCAGGCCGCCACGGGCAGCCUGACAGACCCCAUAGCGAACAAAAGCUUCUCGGUUGAUGAGGCUGUCAAGACUGGUCUCGUUGGCCCAGAGCUCUACGAGAAACUGUCUUCAGCUGAGAGAGCCAUCGCUGGGUACAGGGAUCCCCGCACCGGGGAAAAGCUUUCCCUGUUCCAAGCCAUGCAGAAGGGCUUCAUUCCCCGGGACCAUGGCAUUUGCCUUUUGGAGGCUCAGAUGGCCACGGGGGGCAUCAUCGCUCCGGGCAGGCACCUCCGUGUCCCCACAGACACAGCUUGCCAGCRGGGCUACCUGGACGAGGCCACGAGGCAGCUCCUCUCCAGCCCUACUGAUGACAUGAGAGGGUUCUUCGAGCCCAGCUCCCAGGAGAAGCUGACCUAUACGGAGCUGCUCAAGAGGUGUGUCACCGAUCCAGACACCGGGCUUCUCCUGCUGCCCCUUGGCAGAGACAGCGGAGAGGAGCCCAAGGACAAACACCUCCUCAUUGACCGCAGGACCCAAACAGCUCUGGAAAGCACAAAGGUGCCCAUUGCUUCGGGGAAAUUCAAGGGGAAGUCGGUUUCCCUCUGGAAACUCCUCUUCUCCGAUUACAUGCCAAGGGAGCAAAGAGUCGCUCUUGCCCAGCAGUACUGUGCAGGAGCAAUCUCCACGCAAGACCUGGCCAAGGCGGUCAGUGCCACUGUUGAGGAGAUGGCUUCCACUGCUAAUAUCACCUUCGAAGGCCUGAGGGACAGAGUCACGGCGGACCAGCUCCUGAGUUCCGAGAUUAUCAACAAAGACUUGUUUAAGAAGCUGAAAGAGGGAGAAACAUCAGCCAAGGAAGUUGUCAGCAUGGACACAGUCAAGAAAUACCUGGAAGGGACGGGCAGCAUCGGCGGGCUCCUGCUCCCCGACUCCCAGGAGAAGAUCAGCAUCUACCAGGCAAAAAGGAAAGGGCUUUUAAGGCCAGGAACGUCGCUGAUCCUCCUGGAGGCACAGGCUGCCACCGGCUUUAUCAUUGAUCCGGCUGCCAACAAAAGAUAUUCAGUGGACGAGGCUUUAAGAGCAAACGUCAUUGGCCCGGAUGUGUACGACAAGCUGCUGACUGCUGAGAAGUCAGUCACGGGCUACAGAGACCCAUACUCGGGCGACAAGAUCUCCCUCUUCCAGGCCAUGCAGAAGGAGUUCAUAGUGAAGGAGCACGCCAUCCGCCUGCUCGAGGCGCAGAUCGCCACCGGCGGCAUCAUCGACCCCGUCAACAGCCACCGCAUCCCCGUGGAGGUGGCCUACAAGCGGGGCUACUUCGACAGGAAGAUUAACUUGAUCCUUUCGGACCCCAGCGACGACACCAAGGGCUUCUUCGACCCCAACACGCACGAGAACCUCACCUACCUGCAGCUGAAGGCGAAGUGCAUCACGGAGCCGUCCACCGGGCUCUGCCUCCUCCCUCUGAACAGCAAGAAGCGCCAGUUCGUCGACGACGYCACCAAACGGGUGUUUGGGAACUCCUGGAUGCGUGUCCGGUUUGGGCGGCUACGGGGUGAGAGGGUUUCCGUGUGGGAGCUGCUCAACUCUGAGUACUUCAGUGAGGGCAGGCGUCGGGAGAUAUUCAACCACUACCGGCUGAGGAAGCUCACGCUAGAGCAGAUCAGGGCUUUGUUAGAGGAAGAAGUCAAAAAGUGGGCUCCCAUCAGGUUCUCGGCCAUGAGAGGCAGCGUCAAUGCUUACCACCUGAUGGAAACRGGUGUCAUCGACAGGGCGCUGUUUGAGAAGGUCUUGGAGGGAUCUGUCACGCCGGAGGAGGUCCUGYGCAUGGACUCUGUAAGGAAGUACCUCUACGGCUCCGGCAGCAUCGGGGGCAUCGUCCUGCAGCCAUCAAACCAGAGGAUGAGCAUUUAUGAGGCCAUGAAACAGAACCUGAUGGUGCCGGGAAUAGCCCUGCCCUUGCUGGAGGCCCAGGCUGCCACGGGUUUCAUCAUCGACCCAGUGAACAACCAGAAGCUCUCUGUAGAUGAUGCUGUGAAAGAAGGAAUAAUCGGGCCCGAAGUCCACGAGAAGCUGCAGCAUGCGGAAGAGGCUGUAACAGGCUAUAAAGAUCCUUUCACGGGCAAGAAAAUAUCCCUCUUCCAGGCCAUGAAGAAGGGCCUAAUUGCCGAUAAGCAGGCCCUGCAGUUAAUGGAGGUGCAGAUGGCCACGGGAGGUAUCAUCGACCCGACGUGCGGCCACUAUAUUCCYGUAGAAUUUGCUCAGAAACGGGGCUGUCUGGACGAGGACACGAGCAAGGCCCUUUCUCAACCCAAUGACAGCAUCAGAGCCUUCUGCCUCCCAGACAGCAAAGAAGCAGUGACCUAUGCCGAGCUAAUUGAGCACUGCGAGAGGGACGAGACCUCCGGCUUCCAUCUGCUUCCCCUKCCCCAAACUGCUCUUCCAAUUUACACCGACGAGCAAAUCCAGCAGCUUUUCAAGGAGACCAUGGUGGAGGAAAAAGGGCUCUCCCUCUGGGAACUGCUCCACUCCGGGUACUUCACCGAGGAGCAGAGGAGGGACUUUGUGGAGAGGUACCGCUCUAGGGACAUGUCUCUGGAGCAGCUGGUUGCUCUCGUCCUUAAGCUCGUGAGGGAGAUGGAAAUGAAAGCGCGCACGGACGUCACCCUGGAAGGCUUGCGGGGCAGCGUCCCUGCCGUCUGGCUGCUAGACGCUGGCAUCAUCACCGAGCAGGUCUUUGAAGAGCUGGUCCAGGGCGUGAGGACUCCCGAGGAGGUGUCUGCCAUGGGCAGUGUGAAGAGAUACCUGCAGGGCACAGGCAACAUCGCUGGGGUGUUCAUAGAGGCGUCCAAAAAGAAGAUGAGCUUCUACGAGGCCAUGAAAAACAAUCUCCUGCUCCCCGGGGUAGCACUGAGGCUGCUGGAGGCUCAGGCCGCCACAGGGUACCUGACUGACCCAGCAACCAACCAGAAGCUCAGCGUGAAGGACGCCGUCAAAGCCGCCGUUGUUGGCGAGGAGCUCACUGAGAAACUGCUUCUGGCGGAGAGAGCGGUGACCGGCUACAAAGACCCCUACACGGGGAGCUCCAUCUCCGUGUGCCAAGCGCUCAGGAAAGAGCUCAUCCCCACGAGCGACGCUCUUCCCUUGCUAGAGGCCCAGCUGGCCGCAGGAGGGAUCAUUGACCCCGUUCACCACCACCACCUUCCCCUCCAGGCCGCGUACAGAUACGGGUUCUACGACRAGGACCUCAACCGAACCCUCUCCCAGUCCGACGACAGCACCAGAAUCUUCUUUGAUCCAAACACGAAGGAGAAGGUGACCUACCAGCAGCUGAAGGAGAGGUGCAUUGCUGAAGCUGGGACAGGUCUCCUGCUCCUCCCGCUCUCGGAAAACGCGCUCCUCUGUGUGGACGAGCAAACAAUGGAGGUGCUCAAGUCCGUGACCGUCUGCGUAAACAUAGGGCGGUUCAAAGGACAGACCGUGUCAGUCUGGGACCUGCUCAACUCUGAGUACAUCUCUGACAGCAAAAGACGAGAGCUGGUGCAAAAAUACAAGGACGAGAAUACCGACGUGCUGCAGGAAAUAAUAACAGUUGUAACCACGAUCAUCCAAGAGACCGAGACCCAAGGCAAGAAGUUUGCAUUUCAGGGCCUGAGGAAAAGGGUAUCUGCCAGUGACCUCUUCCAGUCUCACCUGAUAGACAAGAAAACACUUGAUGAGCUCCACCAGGGGAAGAAAACAGUCGAGGAAGUCACGGAGAUGGAAUCUGUCCGCAGGUACCUGGAAGGCAGCAAUUUCAUUGCAGGAGUCCUUCUGCAGCCAAGCAAUGAGAAGAUGGGCAUCUACCAGGCCAUGAGGAAAGGCAUCCUGAGGCCAGGGACAGCACUAGUGUUGCUGGAGGCCCAGGCUGCCACCGGCUUCAUCAUCGACCCGGAGAAAAACAAGAAGUUUUCUGUGGAGGAAGCGUUAAGUUCAGGUCUCAUUGGAAUGGAGAUUUUUGAGAAGCUGCUCUGUGCGGAAAGAGCAGUGACCGGCUACACAGACCCCUACACGAAAGCCCCCAUGUCUCUCUUUGAAGCCAUGAACCAAGGGCUCAUCGUGAAGAGCCACGGCAUCCGCCUGCUCGAGGCGCAGAUCGCCACGGGCGGCAUCAUCGACCCCGUGCACAGCCACCGYGUSCCCGUGGAGGUGGCCUACCGGCGCGGCUACUUCRACGAGGASAUGAACCRSRUSCUCUSCGACSCCUCGGACGACACCAAGGGCUUCUUCGACCCCAACACGCACGAGAACCUCACCUACAUGCAGCUGCUGGAGAGGUGCGUCCAAGACGCAGAGACUGGGUUGUACAUGCUCCAAGUUGUGCAGGAGGGGGGAAGGUACUUCUACAUUGACGAGUCGACAAAGCAGUUCCUGCGCUCAAAGCCCGUCAAGGUGAAUGUCGGAAAGUUUAAGGACCAGACGGUUUCCAUCUGGGAGAUUCUCUGCUCUCAUUACAUCUCCGAGCAGAGAAGAAAGGACUUAGUGAAACAAUAUAAAUACAAGUCCCUCACGCUGGAAGACCUUAUAGCUCUCAUCCUCAAAAUAAUUGAGGAGGCAGAACAGAGAACAGAAGCCCUGAAGGUCAGAGGUCUUCGGGAGGACGUCUCGAUAUCAGAGCUGUUUAACUCGGAGAUUCUUGACAAGAAAACUCUGGAUCGGCUGCAGGAGGGAAGUCUGGCUCUCGAAAGCCUCACGAAGAUGGACAACGUCACAAGGUACCUGGAUGGCACGGGCUGCAUCGCUGGCGUCCUGCUCCCGUUACGGAAAGAGAAGAUGAGCAUCUACGAGGCCCUGAAGAGGGGCCUGCUCCCAGAGCAGUGUGCGCUGGGGCUGCUGGAGGCACAGGCCGCCACUGGUUUCCUCAUUGACCCGCUGAGGAAGAGGAAGCUCUCUGUGGAUGAUGCCGUCUCCACCGGGCUGGUGGGCAGCGAGCUACACGAGAAGCUCCGGUUAGCAGARCGAGCUGUGACGGGAUAUACUGACCCACGCACAGGAAAGAAAAUGUCCCUCUUCCAGGCCGUAAGGGGAAAGAUAACAACCAAGGAGCACGGUAUUCGCUUGCUUGAGGCCCAGGUUGCCACCGGCGGCGUCGUCGACCCCGUGCACAGCCACCGCCUCCCCGUAGAGGUGGCCUACCGGAGAGGCCACCUGGAUGAAGACACGUUCCUCCUCGUUUCUGACGCAGAUCACGGCAGCAAAGGGUUUAUAGAUCCAAACACGAAUGAAAAGAUGAGCUACAGCCAGCUCCUGCAGAGAUGUUCGAAGGACGGAGAAACCGGAUUCUACCUGCUGCAGGUGAUGGAAAAGGAAGACGACUAUUUCUACAUUGAUGAGCGCACUAAAAACAUGCUAUUAUGUACCAUGGUGCAAGUGCCUGUUGGGAAAUACAAAGGGCAGAUGYUAUCGUUGUGGGAACUGCUCUGCUCGGAAUACAUCACAGAGGAGAAGAGGAAAGAAUUGGUGAAAAAAUAUAAACAUGAGUCCCAUAAUAUUUUACAACAGAUCAUUGAUACAAUACUGAAUAUCAUUAGAGAAAAAGAGGAGGGACGAAGCGAUGUUUGGUUCCAAGGGAUCAGGCAACAAAUAACGGCAUCAGAACUUCUCAGCGCACAAAUAAUUACAAAAGAAACGAUGGAGAAGCUCCAGGAAGGAAAAGAGACAGUACAAGAAAUAGCUCGAACAGAGAGCGUGAGGAGGUACCUUGAAGGAACUGGGUGCAUCGCCGGCGUCCUGGUGCCAUCCAAGGCCAACCCUGGCAAGAUGGAGAAGAUGAGCAUCUACCAGGCCAUGUGGAAGGGCAUCCUCAGGCCGGGGACAGCGCUGGUGCUGCUGGAGGCGCAGGCGGCCACGGGAUUYGUCAUUGACCCCCUCAAGAACAAGAACCUCUCGGUGGAUGAGGCUGUCUCCUCGGGGCUGGUGGGCAGCGAGCUCCAAAGAAAACUCCUCUGUGCGGAGCGAGCCGUGACGGGCUACAUUGAUCCAUCGACAGGACAGAAAAUCUCCCUCUUCCAGGCCAUGCAGAAGGAGCUCAUCGUCAAGGAGCACGGCGUCCGCCUGCUCGAGGCGCAGAUCGCCACGGGCGGCAUCAUCGACCCCGUGCACAGCCACCACGACACCAAGGGCUUCUUCGACCCCAACACGCACGAGAACCUCACCUACCUGCAGCUGCUGCGCCGCUGCGUGCCCGACCCGGACUCGGGGCUGCUCAUGCUGCAGCUCAUGGACAGGAGCUCCGUGCUCCACCGGCUCAGCACGGAGGCCUGCAAAGCCCUGCAGGACACUCGCACCACCGUGGCCGCGGGGCUCUUUGAGGGCCAGAGCGUCAGCGUGUGGGAGCUGCUCUUGUCCCGCUACGUCCCCGAGCGGCGGCGCCAGGACCUGCUCGGCAGCUACCACGCGGGCACRCUCUCCAUCGCGCAGAUGAUCCGCGUCCUCGGCGAYGUGGUGAGCGCGAGCGAGGGCCGAGGACGUGGCGCUGCAGCGGUCACCCAAGCGCCGCCGCAUGGGGACGUGCCAUCCUUGCACCAGAACGGCGAUGCAACGGGCUCCUUGCAGGAAGAGGAGAGACAACGGGAGCAGGAGAGAGAGCGACAACGGGAGCGGGAGCAGGAGCUGCAACGGGAGCGAGAGCUGCAACGGGAGCGGGAGCUGCAGCGGGCCCUCGAGUCCCGCUCCGUGCACGUGUCCGUGGGCUCCUUCCAAGGCAGGCAGGUGUCCCUGUGGGAGCUGCUCCUCUCGCAGUACGUGUGCGAGGCCAAGAGGCGGGAGCUGCUGGCGAGGCUGCGCGACGGCAGCGCGACGCUGGACGAGGCGGCGCGGCUCGUGCCCGCRCUGGCCGAGGAGACGGCGCGCAAGAUGAGCGCGGUGAAGUUCGAGGGCUUGCGGCGGCAGGUGAGCGCCUCGGACCUGCUGGACUCGGGCAUCCUGGACACGCGCACGCUGGCGCAGCUGGUGCAGGGCUCCAAGACGGUGCAGGAGGUGACGCAGAUGGAGGGCGUGCGGCGCUACCUGGCCGGCACGGGCUGCAUCGCCGGCGUGCUGGCGCCGCGCAAGGGCCAGCCCGGCCGCGUGGAGAAGAUGAGCAUCUACGAGGCCAUGCGCAAGGGCAUCGUGCGGCAGGGCACGGCGCUGGUGCUGCUGGAGGCGCAGGCRGCCACGGGCUUCCUCAUCGACCCCGUGCGCAACCAGAAGCUCUCCGUGGACGCCGCCGUGCGCGCGGGGCUGGUGGGCGGCGAGCUGCACGAGAAGCUGCUGUCGGCGGAGCGCGCCGUGACGGGCUACAAGGACCCCUACUCGGGCGGCACCAUCUCGCUCUUCGAGGCCAUGCAGAAGGAGCUCAUCGUGAGGGAGCACGGCGUCCGCCUGCUCGAGGCGCAGAUCGCCACGGGCGGCAUCAUCGACCCCGUGCACAGCCACCGCGUGCCCGUGGAGGUGGCCUACCGGCGCGGCUACUUCGACGAGGASAUGAACCGCGUGCUCUGCGACGCCUCGGACGACACCAAGGGCUUCUUCGACCCCAACACGCACGAGAACCUCACCUACCUGCAGCUGCUGCGCCGCUGCGUGCCCGACCCGGACUCSGGGCUUUAUUUCCUUAAGCAAGCACGCUGCCCCCACUGUAAGGAGGCAUCUCCAGGGACGUUGCAGAGCAUGAGUGAGCACCUACAGACCAGCAGCAUGGGGAGGGACACGGCUGCYGGCGGGCACAAGCAGACGGGCCGGGGAGCGAGUAGCUUCAUAGCUGGGGUCUUCGUGCAGACCAAGAACAAGAAGAUGAGCAUCUACGAUGCCAUGCUGAGGGGGGUCCUGACGCCGGGCACGGCCCUGGUGCUGCUGGAGGUCCAGGCGGCCUCAGGGCUCCUCACCGACCCUGAGAGCAGCGAGACGUUGUCGGUGGAAGAGGCCCUGAGCGCCGGGCUCAUYGGCAGGGAUUUCUACACGAAGCUGCUGUCGGCGGAGGGAGCGGUGACGGGGUACACGGACCCGUGCACCGGGCACAAGGUCUCCCUCUUCCAGGCCAUGGAGAAGGAGGUCAUAGUGAAAGCGCACGCCAUCCGCCUGCUCGAGGCGCAGGUUGCCACCGGCGGCAUCAUCGACCCCGUGCACGGCCACCGCAUCCCCGUGGACGUGGCCCACGAGCGCGGCUACCUYGACYGGGAGACGAGCCAGUUCCUCUCCARCCCCAAGAAUCAAGCGAGGAGUUGCUUCGACCCCAACACGCAUGAGAACCUCACUUACACGCAGCUCCUGCGCCGCUGCGUGCCCGACGCGGACACGGGGCUGCUCAUGCUGCAGCUCGUGGACAGGAGCUCCGCGGCCGAGGAYCCCCAGGAGCAUUGCUUGAAGAAGUCCCUGAAGUCUGCGGUCAUCUGCGUGGACGUUGGUGAGCUCAAGGGGAAAAAGGUCUCCCUGUUGGACCUGCUCUUCUCCAAACGCAUCCCUCAAGGGCAGCGGCAGGAGCUGCUGGGGCUCUACAGAGCAGGGAUGCUGACAGCCGAGCAGGUGGCUGCUGUGGUCACCACCAUCAUGAAGCGAGCAGAAGCUGCAAAUUCAGAGCUUUUAGCCAAUGCCAGAGGUCCGCACAAGGAGGCGAUACGGGCCACCACCAUGGAUCUGCCAGUUGGUGAAUUCCAGGGCGGGCAGGUCUCUGUGUGGGACCUGCUCCACUCCAGGUACAUCCCUGAGGAGAACAGGGAGCAGCUUCUGGAGCUCUAUCGAAGCAGGGUAUUAACCCUGGAGCAGAUGGUAACUGUGGUCACCACUGUCAUCAGAAAGAAAGACUCUACAAGCAGGAAGAUGGAAGUCACUGUGAAGACUYCCAGYAAGGACACGGGGAGAGMAGCAGAAGRCAAGGAUGGCCAUUCUCCCAAAGAAGAGUCAUGGGAAAGAUCCCUGAAAACCACAACGGUUGACAUGGACGUGGGGGAGUUUCRCGGACACCGGGUCUCUGUGUGGGACCUACUGCACUCCAGGUACAUCCCUGAGGAGAAGAGGCAGGAGCUCCUGGAGCGGUAUCGUGAUGGGACACUGACCUUGGAGGAGCUAGUGGUUGUUGUCAGCACCCUCAUUAGAAAGAAAGAGUCUACAAGCAGGAAAAUGAAAGUUACCGGAUCCAUUAACCAUGUCCUGAUCCGCGGGGAUCCAUUGGCUGUAUCCCAAUCCGAGGGGAUCCAGCCAAUCAUGUCCUGA